AUGGCCACGAAUCAACAUAAACAAUGCAAAAAUGGAAUACAUUUACAUUCAGAACAAAACCGCACAAAUCACUUAUUGGAAUUUUAUAACAAAGUCGAGAACGAGUCGUGUAAAGAGUCAGACGGAGAAUGGCAAAUCAGACAAGAAAUUCGAAACCAAUGGGAUGCCAUUCAUCAAGCAAUCGAUGAAAACAAUCCUGAACACCUGAAUAAUCUUCUCCCGUCAAAAAAUCUCUGUUAUUGCUAUGAAAAAUAUUGGUCAUGGAAUUUUUAUCGUCAAAAAUAUUUUGUCGGAGAGAAUCUUCUUAUAAAAGCCGUUAAUCUUCAACAUCCUCAAUGUGUCGAGGUAAUUCUUGACAAAAUGAUCUGUGAAGAUUUACCGUCAGAUAUGAUUAAUUACGUCGAUCCUAUAAGUGAUUAUUAUCCAUUGGAUAUCGCUUGUGAAAAAAACAAUCUUGAUCUUGUUAAGAAACUUGUUGAGCGUGGUCGUGCAAAAACGUUUCAGUCUCAAGCGUUUUUCAUUGCAUGUCAACAAGGAAACGAAAUGAUCAUGAAUUAUUUAGCAACACGAUGUAAUGUUCAAUAUCGAGAUCGUCGCGGACAAACAGCUCUUGAUUAUGCCAUUCGAGGAGGAUAUACAGAAGUCAUUCGAACUCUGAUCUAUCAUGAAGAAAUUCAUAGAAACAAACUGGGAUUUUCUCCGUUGAUGUUAAUGGCUCAUCAUAAUUUAACUGAAUUUGUUGAUUUACUUUUUGAGCGAUUACCUUUACAAGAAGCUCAAGAAGAAUUGGUCUUACUUGCUUGUCAUUAUACAAUCAUUGGUGAUGAGGAGAAGCAGCAAAAAGCGUUUUAUUACUUUGUACAAGGUUUAAACGAAGAAGAAUCAAAGAGAGCUCCGAUUCUUCACGAAGCUUAUGAAUAUCGUCGUGAAUGUCACACCCUCAAAGAAUUAUUAUCAAUACGAGAAAAUAGCCAUGCUUUACGUAUUCAUGGUUUACUUGCAACUGAACGCAUUCUACUUCGGUUGGGUGAUACUGAUACUUUAUUAGAUUUUCUCUAUCGACAAUGUGAUGUUUAUCGACAAAAUCAAUCGCUUCAUCGUUGUCUUCUAUUACGUGUUCAUGCUCAUCAGAUAGCUUUGAACACUUUUAUUCAGCAAGAUUAUUUCUCUUGGUGGCAUCGAUGCCAUUUACAGGAGUUUAUUAAGGAUUUGACUGAAACCUGGAACGAAACAGGUUGUGUACCGAUCAGUUCGAUUGAAAUUAUUACGGAUUGGUUACUUAACGAUGAUGAAUACUUUAUGAAUUUACAGUUUAUAUUUGAUUUUUUUGCCACAAUCGUUUACAUGAUUCAAUCGGAUAAAACAAAAAGUCAUGAGCGAAGUUCACUGUUUGCGAUUGCACGACGAACAAUGCAUCUUGAUAAAAUAGAACAUAGUCUUCUGGUUCAUUAUAUUGACCGUUAUGGAAAUUACUUUUCCAAUCAUGAGUUACCUUUUUUCAACGUCUCAACUCUUUCAAUUAUUCAAUUAAUGAUUCUAUGGGGUGCAAAUGUCAAUGGAAGAAGUAAAAAUUUAUUUUUAUUUCAACCAUUGCAUGUAAUCGCAACGUGUUCUGAUAUUGAUAUUGCCAAACCAAUUAUUGAAUUACUUCUCGAUCAAGGAGCUCAUCUUGAUUGUAUUAAUGCUAGAAAUGAGUUACCACAAGAUUUAGCAUCAGACUCAGCCAUCAAAGAACUUCUUUGUCCUACUCGAAAACUUUCAUUGAAAUGUCAAUGUGCUCAAAUCAUUGUCUCAACGAAAAUCAACUACGGAAAUUGUCUUCCUUCGAAUCUAUCGGCUUUUGUCAGAUUACAUGAUAAUAAAUAA